GAGCGUUCUUUCUAUCGUUGUUUUCAAUUCAACUUCAAAAUCAAUUCUUCAAGAUUAAACAUUCAAGAAAAUGAGCCACUUGAAAAAAGUCAUUAUCCGUGAAGUUUGGGCCUCCAAUUUAGAGGACGAAUUCAAUCUCAUUCAACAAGUUAUCCAUCAUCAUCCUUUCAUCUCAAUGGACACCGAGUUUCCUGGCGAAAUUCAUUCAUCACUGAAAAUCGAUUACAUCGAUUACAGUUGCGUGAAAGCCAACGUUGAUGCACUUAAACUUAUUCAGGUUGGUCUCACUCUCUCCGAUUCCAAUGGAAAUCUCCCUGAUUUCGGAAGCAAUAACAGCUACAUAUGGCAAUUUAAUUUUUGUGAUUUUGAUAUUGAUCGUGAUCCUUAUAAUCAACUUUCCAUUGAUAUGCUCCGCCGUCAAGGAAUUGACUUUGAUCGCAAUUUUCGUGAUGGUGUGGAUUCAGUGCGUUUUGCUGACCUAAUGCUAUCGUCCGGACUUGUUUUUAACCAUUCAGUUGUUUGGAUCGCAUUCAGUAGCGCUUAUGAUUUUGGAUAUUUGGUGAAGGUUUUGACGCGAAAGAAUUUACCGGAUCGUUUGGAAGAUUUUUUAUAUUUAGUUAAAGGGUUGUUUGGAAAUAGUGUAUACGAUAUGAAACACAUGAUGAGGUUUUGCUAUGCUUUAUACGGUGGUCUCGAGUCCGUGGCUAGUAUGCUUAACGUGCGUCGGGUAGUUGGAAAGUCGCACCAAGCUGCAUCCGAUAGUUUGUUGACUUGGCAUGCAUUCAAGAGAAUGGUAGAGAUUUAUUUUAAGAAUAAUGAGGCUGCGAAGCACGCCGGAGUGCUGUUUGGAUUAGAAAUGAGCAACUCGAAAGAAGUUAUAAUACGCGAGGUGUGGGCAUUCAAUGCCGAUUAUGAAUUUAGUCUCAUUCGCCAAACUAUCCGUCAACACCAUUUCAUCUCAAUGGAUACGGAAUUCCCCGGUGUUAUUCAUUCGCCUAAAACCGACCGACGUCGUCUCCAAGCCUGUGAUCACUAUCGCUAUUUGAAAGCGAAUGUUGACGAGCUUAAGCUCAUUCAAGUGGGUCUUACCCUCUCGGAUGGAAAGGGAAAUCUUCCUGACUUUGGAAGUAACAAGAGCUACAUAUGGGAAUUUAACUUCUGCGACUUUGAUGUUAAUCGUGAUCCCUGCAACGAAGACUCCAUUGAUAUGCUUCGCCGUCAAGGGAUUAACUUUGAGCGCAAUUUAUAUCACGGUGUGGAUUCAAGGCGUUUCGCUCAUCUGAUGUUCUCCUCUAUACUUGUUUUCAACAAAUCAAUCACUUGGGUCACGUUUAGUAGUGCUUAUGAUUUCGGAUAUCUGGUGAAGAUAUUGACCCGAAUGAAUUUACCCAACAAGUUAGAGGAUUUUCUAAGUAUUGUAGAGGUAUUGUUUGGAAAAAGUGUUUAUGAUAUGAAACACAUGAUGAAGUUCUGCAACUCUCUCUAUGGUGGUCUCGAGCGAGUGGCUACGACCCUUAAUGUGGGUCGGGCGGUUGGAAAGUCUCACCAAGCUGCAUCGGACAGUCUGUUGACGUGGCAUGCAUUCAACAAAAUGAUGACAACUUAUUUCAAAAAUGAUGAAGCUCCCAAGCAUGCAGGAGUACUGUUUGGAUUAGAAACUGCAGCUUAG